AUGGCUAAGUCCAUUUUAGUCAACACCCCAACUUCCACUACGGAAUCACAAUCAACGUCUACAAUGACUUCAACAUCCAUGAAGUCCACUUCAACUCAAUCCACUGCCACCAUUACAGAGGCAGCUUCUUCAACCUCAACAGCAAAAGAAUCAACAUCAACUCUAUCAACUGCCACUAUGACACAUUCAACUUCUUCACACUCACCACAAAACUGUACGUGUCCGAAUGGUUGUAUCAUUAGAUAUACAUCCACUAUAAACUCUACUGAAGAGCUGGACGCAAUAAUUGCAGAAAUCAAAAAUAGGAUGAGAGUGAAGAAAUCCACCUUGUCGUCUACUAUCCGGAAGAGAAUAUCAGCAGACGGUCCAAGACCAUCCGCCAAAACCUUUGGUUAUAUUGGAGUUAUUAUCAUUGUCUUAGUCCUGGGAGGAAUUGUCGCUUUGGAUUCCCCAUUGCUGUUGGCUGAGUUGAAAAGAAUAGGAGUUAAUGUACUAAACCUGAUUAAGGAAUGA